GGACCGGAGGUGCAAAGGCAGUUUCCCGCUGACUACCCUGAUCAGGAAACUCUUCUUACUGUGCCAAAGUUCUGCUUCCCCUUCAGCAUGGACAGGAAGAAACCUCCAACAGAACCAGAACCAGGCUCGAAAGGACAAGCCAUCUGCCAAGACCGUCUCAGAAGACAGAGCAAAUACACAAAAUAGAAGCAGAAAAUAGAUGGAUGGACUGGUUUUUCAGCAUCACUCCUGGAAAAAAUAUUUCUCAUUAUGGCAGUAUUCCAGAGAUGAAAGGAGAACAUUUGUGAAACCUCUUUGUACAAUUAUAGUGACACAAAAUAACACAUAUGUUCUUAAUUUUAUUAUCGGAGUCCAUUUUAAUCCUACCCAGAACAAAUGGUUGAUUAAGUUUAUUUUUUCAGAUGUUCUAGUUUAAAGACAAUAACGUAUGUAUUGUUAUAAUUUAAAAGAAGAAAGUUUCCAGGUUUAAUGUCCUCAAGACCUACCUGUAAUCUACCUUGUAAUCAAGAUUUAUGGCUAGAUAAUGCUGUGUUUCUUCACCAUAACAAUGAAAAUGUACCCUAUUCUGUCUGAUGAUUUUUCCAGUUGGAAACAUAUAGUAAAACAAAUUGAUUAAGCACAGAACACAGAGCCCUGUGACACUCCACAAGUAACCCUGGAGUGUGAAGAUUUAUUGUUUAUAUGAACAAAGUGUAUUUCAAUAUAACUUAAAUUUAAGUUAAAUUUAAGUUAUAUUAUAUGGAAUUUAACUUAAAUUCCAUCUGUUGGAAUUUAAGUUAAAUAUGACUUAGAUUAUUUAUGUGACAAGAAACUUGGUUAAAAAUAUCUAAUCAAAAAAUUAAAUGAAUAUAUUGUACUGUGAGAGCCAGUUUUGUGUUUAGAGCAGAUGUACAUAUAACAUAUGAACAUGUUAAAAAUACUUUUUAUAUUUAUUAAAAUACGCUUUUUUAUUAACAAAAUUUAAAACAUAGCUUUAAAUUUGCUAUAUCUUUAAUUUUGUUGUGCUUUCUUGCAGUGACAUUAAAAGAAAUGUUCAUUUUGAUUCUGAAAAGUACAGUUGUUGGAGAAAGCAAAGCCUAAAUCUACUCUCCUCUUAAGUUAUGAUGGAGUCGUAUUAGAACAUCAUGUUUUCUUCAGUUGUUGACAUUUUUUAUUGCAAGUGCUCUCUGUUGGACCAGCAUGAGAAUGUUUGUGUACACCAGGACAGCAUCCUGCUAGCCAAUAAAACACAUAAAAAAAGGAAAGGGGAAAGAAAAAAUGAAAAGGACUUAACAGCGCCAAAUUCACACCACAGAAAACAAAAUUAAAGAAAUCUAAUGAAUUAAUGAAAAUGAAAAAGAAGUGAUCAUUCAUGCAUCUCCCUAAGGGAGAUUUCUUUUUUAUUAUUAUUUACUUUUUAAAUAAUUUUGAAAAUAAAGUCCUUUCGAUUUUGCCACUCGCACUCAUGUCAAGGUUUUCACUCAUUCUCCAGUUUUUUGCAACACUGUUUCCAACACUGUUUUCUUCUCCAUCUAUAUUCUCUGGAUCUGUCAGCCACAACCACAGGAUUCUCUUUGCGAAUCCCAAAAGGCUCAAAAUACAAUACAUACUAUUCCUUUAUAUUUACCUAUGAGUUGGUCUGAACCUGUUUGUCUCUCUCCUCCAAGUCUGAGCCUAACAAUCAACCAGGUUGGCCAGAACUUCACAUUUGUGUUGACUGACAUUGAGAGUAAACAGAGAUUUGGUUUUUGUCGCCUGUCUUCGGGAGCUCACACCUGCUAUUGCAUUCUCAGCUACCUGCCGUGGUUUGAAGUUUUCUACAAGCUGCUGAAUAUCCUUGCUGACUGCACUGUCAAAGGCCAGGAAAGCCAAUGGCAAGAGCUCCUGGUGUCACUACAUACACUCCCCAUACCUGAGCCUGGAGUCCCCGUUCACCUUGGUGUGCAUUCCUUUUUCACUGUGCCUGACAUAAGGGAACUCCCAAGCAUACCUGAGAACAGAAACCUAACAGAGUAUUUUGUAGCAGUAGAUGUCAGUAACAUGCUUCAUUUGUAUGCUAGUAUGCUUUAUGAACGUCGAAUCCUCAUCUGCUGUAGCAAACUGAGCACUUUGACAGCUUGUGUACAUGGAUCUGCGGCCAUGUUGUAUCCUAUGUACUGGCAACAUGUUUACAUUCCUGUGCUUCCUCAACAUCUGUUAGACUACUGCUGUGCCCCAAUGCCUUUCCUCAUAGGAGUACAUUCCAGCCUGAUGGAGAAAGUUCAAGGGAUGGCUCUGGAUGAUGUGGUCCUCCUGAAUGUAGACACUAACACCCUAGAAACACCCUAUGAUGACCUUCAAAGCCUUCCUAAUGAUGUGGUUUCAUCCUUAAAAAGCCGUCUGAAGAAAGUUUCAGCUACAACGGGAGAUGGUGUGGCUCGAGCCUUUCUCAAGAGUCAGGCAUCUCUUUUUGGAAGCUACAGGAAUGCUCUGCAGUUCGAAGCGGGGGAACCAAUCACAUUCAACGAGGAGACUUUUAUCAACCAUCGCUCCAGUGCCAUGAGACAGUUCCUUCAGAAUGCCAUUCAACUUCAGCUCUUUAAACAGUUCAUUGAUGGUCGCUUGGACCUGUUAAAUGCAGGAGAGGGUUUCAAUGACAUUUUUGAAGACGAGAUCAACAUGGGGGAGUAUGCUGGCAGUGACAGUACCUACCACCAGUGGCUGCUUACUGUGAAGAAAGGGGGUGGAGCUAUCUUCCAAACAGUGAAGACCAAGGCAAAUCCAGCCAUGAAGACUGUGUACAAGUUUGCAAAGGACCAUGCUAAAAUGCGCAUCAAAGAAGUCAAAAGCCGGUUGAAACAGAAGGAGCAGGGAGAGAACGGCUUCACCACCCCUAGGUCAGCAGCCAAUGAUGAUAACAAUACAGCAGAAUUUGCUUUCUCCACUGCUGCUGUAAUGAGGGAGGAACUCGAGCAAACCUGGGACGCCCAAAGGCCAGCCACCGUGCACUUUGGACAGGCCGUACCACCAACACUAUUAAAGAGACCAAGCAGUAACAUGAGUCUGGAAAGCAGCUGUGACCAUUCUGUCCGUCCUACUCGUCACUAUACAGUGUUUCUGUCAGAGGAUUCAUCUGGAGACGAGCUCCAUUGUGAUGAUGAGUCCAUCUCUGGCUUUCCUGACAGCUUUCUUUUCUCCACUCCUUUUGACUGGUCACCUCUGCCACAGCCAUACCGCUCCCUGAAGGAGGUGGAGUUGAUAGACGAUCUUUGUUUGGGGGCAGAAAGCCUCACUGCCCCUCCUAGUCCAGUUACUGACAAGUUCUCCAAUGUGAACCUGCUGGGAGACAUUUUUGGAUGCCAGGAUGAACCUGAGUGUCAACCAAUCACCCUGGCUAAGAGUCUGGAGGAUUUGAGAACACCAAAAGACUUUGGAGAGUUACAAGCAAAGUUCAGCUUCCAGAGAUUGGACCUGAGCAUCAGUGAAAACUCCCGAACUCUUCCAGGACUCAAGCUCUCCAAUCCUUACAACAAGCUGGGCAGUCUCGGCCAGCAGCCGUCUCUCCUGCCUGUUUGUGUGCCUCCUGCCUGUGAUAGGCCUCUGUCUGUCCAACUUCCAGUGCAAAUGGAAUCCUGCUCCCCUCUCUGUGAAAGCUCUGGCAUAGCAGUUGACUCUCUAGAUCCCUCUGCCAUUGGUAAAAUAACCAUUCCUCGACCCCAUGGAAGGAAGACACCCGAGCUGGGAACUAUUCUGGUGCCCCCUGCUGUGCAGAUGCGUUCCAAGACUUCAGGGAAUGGUGAAGGAAGAACUACUCCAGGAAGAGAAGAAUUCCGCCAGGCUUUGAGCAUGACCUCAGAUGAACUUCAGCAGGGGCCCCCAAACCCUGAUGAGGACCCUGUCGAUCUGAUCAGGCUUUUGGACCCCUUGAGCAGCUCAGAUGCUCUCCCAGAUGCCUUGGAUAUCAGAGCAUCACCUGCAUGCAAGCCACCUCUAGCACCCAGGCCCUACCCACAGAGUCUGCCCUGUUUUCCUCCUCACUCUCACAUAUCUCUAAACCCAUUUGCCCAGUCUUUGCAGCACUACUCACCAGCUGUCAGUGGAAAUCCCUUUACAGCCGUCUAUGGUCCUGCAUUAGGUCCAUACAUCCAAGCUCCAUCCAAGCCUCAACCCUUCUCUACAUUACCAGGACUCCACAGACAGCCGUCCCCCUGCAUUUCCACCCUACCCCCCAGCCACGGGCUGGCCCCGUCAGCGGCCUCUCUCGGUACUCCGCCUCGCUCCUCUGGCAGUAGCCAUGCCCUCUCCAGCUUGGUGGAUUCUGCCUGUAUCUUCAGCACACCUAUGAACAUGCUGCCAAGGCCUCUGCAGGCACAAGAAGAACAUCAGAACCCUCCGGAUCCUUUUGGGGACCUGCUUCAUAUGGCCACACCUCUUACACCACACAAGAAGAAAGUAGAGGACCUUAGGAAGAAGUGGGAAACAUUUGACUAAUUGUGUGCAUCAUACACACAAUUGUAAUACACACAAUUUUCUUUGUCUUUGUCUUGGGUUUUUUUGCUGUUCUAAAGUUAAGUGACAGGGAAAAAAAACCCUGACAUGCAGACACAACAGGGACUGUUAGCUGAGAGUUUUAAUCCAAAGGUAUGAACCCAUUGUGUUAACAAAACUUACUAAACACACUUGGGUUCAGAGCUGAGUAGAGUAGUUUGGUCAUGCACUGAAUUCAGAUUCAUUAAAUUCUUAGUUAAGCUGCCAUAACAUGGCUGGCUCAUUAGCUCAUUAAAUCUUCUGGAUCCAGAAACUGAAAUGUCUUUUGAUUUGAUUAUUUAUUACAAGGUUGAAAUGCCCUAUAAUGAGCUUUUCUUUGACUAUACAAUAUCAUAGUACUGCUGUGGUGUUUAGAUCAUUUGAUGACUUCGUGGUAUGGCUCCUACACUACAACUGACAGUCUAGAUGAAGUGAGUUGGCCACCCAGCUGUCGACCAGACUCCUUCUGUCCUGCUGCUCAGUGUAUCUGGUUCCAGCUCAGCAUCAGGCCCUGUGGCAUAAAAGCCCAUCUAAAGACAGCUUUGCUUCAAAUACAGUUUGUAGCAUAUUGCUAAUUGCCAACACACUUUUUUCCCCUCUAGUGUCACCAGGCUUUAGUACUGCUCUUUAUAGAUCUCCAAAGCACAUAAUAUUUUCUAGCUAAUCAUCCAGAAGACACUAUAGUUGAGUAGCUAUAAAUGGUUGUGCCCUUCCAUCCUGCCAUUGUUUUGCUUAUAUUUUUGUUGAUUCUUAUAUUGUGCUGUUUUCUCUUGGCCUUCAUGAUGGAUCUUCCUUUUAUGCUUUCUGUAUUUGACCUGUGAAAAUGUUUCCCCUCUUCUUAAAAACUAAAUAAUAAUUUUAAGCAAACUCACUCAGCUACACUAGACUAAUAUCCCCAAGAUCAUUUUAAAAUUUCUGUAUAAAUAAAUACAAAUGAGGUUUUUGAAACACUACAUUUGCAUAUUGUGUUUCCUUCCUACAUCUUUUUUUAUUUUAAGUUUUACUGAAUUUUUUUUUAUUGGUCAGUUAAAUUCUUAUUUUUCACCAAUAUAAAGGAAGAACUAGAGUUCCACUAUAAAUGGUCACUGUUGAUAUCGAAUAUACAAGUUUUUGACAAAGUACCAAGGGCAAUCUAGUAAAAGUUUAGAAAAAAAAUGGCUCUUGUUCACAUAGAUGUAAAGUGUAAAUAAGGUAAUAUUUUAUGUAAAUAAGUUUAAGUGUAAAUAAGGUAAUAUUUUAUGUAUUUCACUUUAAAAAUAAUUGUUGAAUAUUUUAAAAAUAUGGUAAAUAUUUUAAGUAAGUGCUCUUUCAAAAUAUGAAAGCUCAUUGGAGAUGCAAAGCAUUAUAAAAACAAUGUCUUUAAAGUUGACAUGGCAAGAAAAAGUCAUAAAAUUACAGCUGUCUUUUUAUGGAUUUGUUUAUUAGAACACAAGUUCAUAUUCAAGAAAAGAAAAUCACAAAUCGUUCACAUUUGAAGAUGUGGAAACAGAAAAUCAGUUUUUAUCAUGUGAUGUUUUUAAGUUAUUAGUUUCACUGUAAUAUAAGUAAUAUAUGUAAGUACUAUAAGUCCUUGUUGUCUUUUAUUGUUAAUGGUGAAUUGACAAUAAAGUAUACGUUGACUAAUUUCUCUAA